GGAUGCGAACACUACGUGCGCAGCUGUUUGUUGAAACAAUCGGCUUGUCACCGUCGAAAAUGGUUGUCAGCUAGCUAGCGAGCUAAGGAAGUUCAUGUCAGACUUCAUUCUUUCAUCAUGAAUAGAGAGGCUCCGUGUUGUGGUAAAGCAUAUGUUUGUCGCCUGUGCCAUGACGCUGAAGAGGACCAUCAAAUGGACCGCUUCCUGGUCAAAGAAGUGCAGUGCUCAGUCUGCACAACAGUACAACAGGCACAACAAACUUGCGUGGAGUGUAAUGUGACCUUUGGGGAAUAUUACUGUGAUAUCUGUCACCUGUUUGAUAAAGACAAGAAGCAGUAUCACUGUCAGCCCUGUGGAAUUUGCAGGAUCGGACCAAGGGAGAAAUACUUCCACUGUGAGAAGUGCAAUCUCUGUUUAGCCGGAGAUCUAAGAGGAAAUCACAAGACUGUUUUGUUUCAGUGUGUUGAAAAUGUUUCAAGACAGAACUGCCCAGUGUGUAUGGAGGAUAUCCACACAUCCAGAAUAGGAGCCCAAAUUCUUCCAUGUGGCCAUCUUCUACACAAAACAUGCUUUGAUGACAUGGUCCAAACUGGUGCGUAUCGAUGCCCACUCUGUAUGCACUCUGCUUGGAAUAUGGAGCACAACUGGGAGCAGAUGGACAAGGAGAUAACUCAGUCACCCAUGCCCACUGAAUACCAGGAUGCCACUGUGAAGAUCAUAUGUAAUGACUGCCAAACCCACUGUACGGUGCCUUUCCAUGUUCUGGGAAUGAAGUGCACUGGCUGUGGGUCCUACAACACAGCACAGAAUGGUGGGCUGAUACGGCAGUCCCAGGAACCACAGCCCCAGGAGCCAGAGCAGCAGCCCCAGUCUCCAGUGCCAGAACCAUAGAAUUAGAAUAUGUAUCAUUUUAAUUCCAUUGGGACUCCACCCCCUAGUUCUCUAUGCUCCACAUUACUUCCCCAGUCUACGCAAGACUUAACUACACUAUCCACCUCUUUCCCAACAUUGAUCUGCCAAGAGUACAGGUAGUCAUGCCUGGGUUCCAGAACCUGGUGCCAGGACCUCAGGGCACCAAACUUGGAUCCCUCUCCUAGUGUGUUGUACAGCAAUUUUGGGAUUGAAUUUCUGUUAUUACAUGGCUAUUGAUCCAUUUGUUUCUCAGAUAAAAGCCAGCAUAAGAGAAUUGUGAAUGAGGAAUUAAAUAUAGUCAGCCACACAUCAUUUAUUUCCCAUUUUGUCCCAAGUUGGAAUGGAUUCAUGUGUGUCAGUAAUGCUUUCACCAAAUUAUUUAGAUUUUUGUUGGGGUGAAGAAUGCUGUUAUGUGAGGAGUUUGUAAAGCACUACAAUGUUUGACUGGCUUUGCGUUUCUAUAAACCUAUGUAAAUGCUUCAGACUGACAUUUUUACAAUGGUAAUGUAUUCCAAUGUCUUUGCAAAACUCAGGUAUUUGAAAUAGUUUAGAUACAGUUCAACAUCAAAUUGUGUUCAUUCCAUGUUUGAGUUAUAUGAAUUUCUGAUUAGAUGAGUGAAUUAUCUUGAGUAACACGUAUGUAAAUUAUUGAAUAAUUACUACAGUUAGUCAAUGGCUGUUGGCAACUAUCUCACUCCAUGCUUAGCUCAUAUUGUCAGUAUUGUCGCUCAAACAUGAGAGAAAUAGAGUGAAAAUAUUGCAUCUGUAUUGCCUUUGGUGUCAUUCAUUGAUGCAGGUUUUGGGAUUUGGUGACAUUUACUGUAACGACUAAUACAUACCAUGAUUGUGCUGAAUGUUAUUUAAGAUUUGCAUCACAGUAAUUCCGAAAUAAAUAUAUAAAAUAAUA